CGGGGCCGGGCGCGGUGGGACGGGGCUGGGGAUGGGGGUGGGGGCUGUGCCCUACGGCUGAGGGGCGCGCGGUGGGGGCUGCCCGGCACCCGCGCUUCCCUUCUGCCUCCGGGUCCUUCCUUCGGUUCCGGGCACCGGGGGGCCGGUCGGGGUCGCGGUGCCGGACCCCCCCGUUCCCAGCUCCGUGUGGCCCCACACAACGUCGGUGGCUGCCCCGUACCCGGCGAUGGGCCGUGGGGUUUUGUGACCCCCGUGUGGUCUCAGUCCCCGCUGGGUGUCAGCCCUCACCCCCCCGCCUGUCGUCCCCCCCAGUCGUGGGGACGGUCCUGGGAGUGUUGGGGGCGAUCGAUACCAACCCUCCCCCACGGGGCGGAGCAGAGCCGAGCGAAGGUGGGGAGCAGCACCCCCAGCCCUUGGGGGACUCAUGCUUCCGCUCGGGGCUCCUAUAGCAGGUGGAGAUGGGCUCCAUUGGAUGGGGGGGCUUUGGCACCGGCAGCUCCUGCCCCGCUCUGUGGGGUCCCCCUCCCCACCCCAGAACCGGGAGAAGCGGCCUCUCCGUGGGGCUGAGGGCUGCCGGGGAUCUGCAAUGCUGGGGGCUCCAUAGCGCUGGGGAUGGAGGUUGUGGAAUACGGCCCGAAAGCAUCACUGCAUCCCUGGGGGUUUGUCCCCAUCCCACAGUGGGGGUGGUGGGAGGCAGUGCGGCUUCGCACCCAUCGCCCUGGGGGUGUUGGGAAGGGGCUGCGGGUGAAGGGAAGGGGGAAGGGGGGGGGUCCCGGGCACCGGUGGGAAACCGGGGGGGGUGGGGGGGGGGCGGGAGCCGGUGGCGGCAGGUGGAUUUCAACACCGGGGUGGGGCCGGGCCCCCGUGGGUUUUGUGAGGCUCCGGUGAGUCACGGCAGCGCUGCGGGGAGCAGUGGGUGCCCGGGGGCUGCGGGUGCGUGGCCGGGGGCGAAAGCAGCCCCGAGCCCGGCUUCAAAGCGCUGCCGGCGGCCGAGCCUCGGGGCUCCCUGCCCUGUCCCACUGCCAUCUGGCCACGAGCUGUGUGCCCCCCCCGGCUGCGUUCCGCCCCCACAGCGGCGCAUGGGCUCGUGGGUGCCGUGUCCCCGUGCUGUAAGGUCUGUCUGCGCCUCCGCCCGCGCCGCCGUCCGGCAAUGCUCACGGCUGUCUGCGGCUCUCUUGGGAACCAAUCCUCCGACGCGCCCCGCGCCUCGCCGACCCCCCUGGACCUGCAGCCGCUGCAGCCCUUCCAGCCCCCCCCGCCGGGCGCCGACUUCGCCUCUCCGCUGCCCCCCCCGGAGCUGCCGCUGCCGGGCCCCGACGUCGCCUUCGCCGCUCCCGGCGCCUACGACCCCCAUGGCCCCCCGCGGAUAGAGCUGCCCCCCGACGGCCCCGCCGCCCCCGGUUCCUACGCCAAGCUGCUGCAGGCGGCCCCCCCGGACAUGGCGCACCCCUACGAGCCCUGGUUUCGGCCCCCCCACCCCGCUCCCUCCGGAGAGGAGGGGGGGGUCAACUGGUGGGACCUCCACGCCGGGGCCAGUUGGAUGGAGCUGCCCCACGCGCAGGGGGGGCUCCAGGUGCCCGCGCCCCCCGGCCUGCAGCCGCCCUUGGGGGGGUACGGAGGGGGCGAAGCGCAGCUCUGCGCUCCCCCCGCCCACCUGCUGCCCCCCGCCCAGCACCUGCUGGGGCCGGAGGGGGCGAAGGCGUUGGAGGGGCCCCCCCAGCCCGAAGCGGAGGGGGGCGGGCGGGCCAAGGGGGGCCGCCGGGCGGUGCCGCGGGGCGGGGGGCAGGCGGCGUGCCGCUGCCCCAACUGCCAGGAGGCGGAGAGGGGGGGGCCGUGCCCCGAGGGCUCCAAGCGCAAACACCUGCACAACUGCCACAUCCCGGGCUGCGGCAAAGCGUACGCCAAGACCUCGCACCUGAAGGCGCACCUGCGCUGGCACAGCGGCGACCGCCCCUUCGUCUGCAACUGGCUGUUCUGCGGGAAGCGCUUCACCCGCUCCGACGAGCUGCAGCGGCACCUCCAGACCCACACGGGCACCAAGAAGUUCACCUGCCCCGUCUGCGGCCGCGUCUUCAUGCGCAGCGACCACCUGGGCAAGCACAUGAAGACCCACGACGGCGGCAAGGAGGGCGGCGAGCCCGACGCCAAGGGGGGCAACGAGCCGCCGGGGGGCAAGGGGGGCAAAAGGGAGCCCGAGGGGGGCACGGCCGCCCCCACAAACUGAGCGGGUGCCGCGGAGGGGGGGGUGGGGGUGAGGGGGGGGACGACCCUCGGGGCUGGUCUCCGGGGGGGGCUGCCGCCGCUCGGUGCCGCUCGGUGCUCCGGUGGGAGCGGCGGCGCCCGCGGGCGGUUUCGCUCGUCCCGCGCCCGCUCCCCCCCCAUCCCCACCCCCCCCCCCCUCCAACUCCGGUUUCCCCAAUGGUAUUUUGGGAGCUGCUGGCAGGCGGCUCGGGAGGAACAUCAAUGGGAGCCGAGGAGCCGGAGCUGCCCAGGCACGUCCGGCCGAGAGGGGCGGAAGGAGAGGGAGAAAGCGAGAGAAAGCCCCGAGCCCUCCGCCCUGGAGAGUGGCUGCAGCCCGGCGGCUCCUCCCGUGCACCCCCCAAACGCUCCGGGGUUCAGCCCCCAUUGCCCCCACCCGUGGCACUGCGUGGGUCCCACAGCCCACCCUAUUGGAGCCUCGCUCGGGUUCGGGGUGGGAGGGGGCUGCAAACCCCUCUUUUUCUUUUUUCCUUUUGGCCUCAAUUUGGCCCAUACGGAUGGGAUGGCGACGGGGGGGGGGGGGGGGG